AACUGCAGACCCAACACCAGAAUUCCCAGAUGCCUGCUUGUGGAAUUGUGUGCCUGCAAGAGACUAGUUAGCAUGAUGUUUUCAAGAUCCACCCACGUCAUAGUGUGUAUCACUGCUUCAUUCCUUUUUAUGGAUCCUCUGAAUGUCCUUCUCAUCAUCGUGGAUGAUCUGCGCCCUACCUUGGGCUGUUAUGGGGAUAAGCUAGUGAGGUCUCCUAAUAUUGACCAGCUGGCAUCCCACAGCCUCGUCUUCCAGAAUGCCUUUGCCCAGCAAGCAGUGUGUGCCCCCAGCCGUGUGUCCUUCCUCACCGGGAGGAGACCCGACACCACCCGCCUGUAUGACUUCAACUCCUACUGGAGGGUGCAUGCUGGAAACUUCUCCACCAUCCCCCAGUACUUCAAGGAGAAUGGCUACGUGACCAUGUCGGUUGGAAAAGUCUUUCACCCUGGUAUAUCUUCUAAUCACAGUGAUGAUUCUCCAUAUAGCUGGUCCUUUCCACCUUAUCAUCCCUCUUCCGAGAAGUAUGAGAACACUAAGACGUGCAGGGGAGAAGACGGAGAGCUACAUGCCAACCUGCUUUGCCCUGUGGAUGUGGUGGAUGUGCCUGAGGGCACUUUGCCCGACAAACAGAGCACUGAGCAAGCCAUAAGAUUGUUGGAAAAGAUGACGAUGUCAGCCAGUCCUUUCUUCCUUGCUGUUGGGUAUCAUAAGCCGCACAUCCCCUUCAGAUACCCCAAGGAGUUUCAGAAGUUGUAUCCAUUGGAGAACAUCACCCUGGCUCCUGAUCCCCAGGUCCCUGAUGGCCUACCCCCUGUGGCCUACAAUCCCUGGAUGGACAUCAGGCAGCGGGAGGACAUCCAAGCCUUAAACAUUAGUGUGCCCUAUGGCCCAGUUCCUGUGGACUUUCAGCGGAAAAUCCGCCAGAGCUACUUUGCUUCUGUUUCCUAUUUGGAUACACAGGUCGGCCGCCUUUUGAGUGCUUUGGAUGAUCUUCAGCUGGCUAGCAGCACGAUCAUUGUAUUGACUUCAGAUCACGGGUGGGCUCUAGGUGAACAUGGAGAAUGGGCCAAAUACAGCAAUUUUGAUGUUACUACCCGUGUGCCCCUGAUGUUCUAUGUUCCUGGAAGGACAGCUUCUGUUCCAGAGGCAGGCAAGAAGCUUUUCCCUUACCUGGACCCUUUUGAUUCUCUCUCAGAGCUGAUGGAUCCAGGCAGGCAAGCCAUGGACCUCGUGGAACUCGUGUCUCUCUUCCCCACACUUGCUGGACUUGCAGGACUGCAAGUUCCGCCUCGCUGCCCUAUUCCUUCAUUUCAUGUUGAGCUGUGCAGAGAGGGCCGGAAACUGCUGAAGUAUUUUCGAUACCAUGACUUGGAAGAGGAUCCGUACUUCCAUAGUAAUCCCCGUGAGUUGAUUGCCUAUAGCCAGUACCCCCGGCCUGCAGACUCCCCUCAGUGGAAUUCUGACAAGCCAACUUUAAAAGAUAUAAAGGUCAUGGGCUAUUCUAUACGCACAAUAGACUAUAGGUAUACUGUAUGGGUUGGCUUCAAUCCUGAUGAAUUUCUGGCCAACUUUUCUGACAUCCAUGCAGGGGAACUGUAUUUUGUGGGUUCAGACCCACUGCAGGAUCACAAUAUGUAUAAUGAUUCUCAAGGUGGAGAACUUCCCCGAUCAUUGAUGCCUUGACUUUUACCAACCACAGAAGGCAAAUAUCAUGUGCUUUCUUCCAGCUGGUGAGAGAAGUUAGAGCUGGGUAUUUUGUAAUUACCCAUAAUAUGGGAAGCAGCCUGAGGGGUAGGUAACCAAAACAUGCAAAAACAAUUUGGCCUAAGAAUAUGUAACACCCAAACCUUUUCAUUGUCUUUAUUAAUUUAUAAUUGGUAAUUGGACUAGGGCUGGGCUGCACCUUUUUUUGUCCUUUUUUUUUUUAAACAGUCAUAGCUUAUUUAUUGCAUGAGUAAAUAGCAAGAGAACAAACUAAAAUUAUGUCAUACCUUUGGAUAUAAGAACCAUAAUAACCAAACAUAACACUAUAUACAAGAAAUACUUUAUUUGUGGAAUUUAGUGCACUUCAAAAUAACCAUAUCAAAUUAGGUCCCACAGUAAGUUCCUGGUUAUUUCGUUUAUAUUUUAAUAAUAUGUCUUAUGUAGCCCAGUAUAUUCAAAAUAUGAGUAUUAUAUCAAAAUAUAAUCCAUGUUUCUUUUUCAAAUAUAAAGUUAAUAAUAAUGCUAGAAGUUGGCAUCUAAAAGUCUAGCUUUAAUUUUUGUUUCUAAGACCACAGGAUUUCAAAACCCAAAGAUAAAAUAUGUAUGAAGCGAUGAAUGUGGAAUUUCUACACCAAAUAAUAAAUAAUGCUCAGUAAACUAGA